CUAAAAUUGCCAGUAAUCGGCAUUGUUCGGUCGCCUUCGAACCAAGUUGCGUUGGACACUGAAGAGUCAGUUAAAUCCCGCCUGAAAGAAGCAACCUUAUGAAGACAUAAACUACCAUCUGUCAAACCCCAAACACACGAAGAAGGCCGCCAAACACCACACGCUGCGCGUGCCCUUGUCCCGCCAUGAACCGGCCUUCGAGAACUGAGGACGAUCUCGAGCACCCGACAUGGAACCAGAAUCCGCCGUUCCUGGCCCCUGACCUCACGACCCGCCAGGAUCUGAACGGCAUUGCCAACGCCCGCGAACAUCGCCAUGGGUGUACCGGUCCAGGCAACCGAGGGGGGUUCCUGAAUGAUGAGAAACAAGCCUGUGAAAUUCGCCUCGGCGACUACGACCGUGUCUCACCCAACGGCUCACCUCUGGCAACGAGCGAUCGGCUGCGCCGACCGCUCGUUGCUCCCCAGACAGUGCUUGGUGGUGAAGGCCAAGCCUGUCGUUACUCGUGCCGAACCCGGGCCCCUUCGGGUUGGGUAGGCUGGAUCGCGUCCGUCUUCGUUGCGUCGACGCUGAUCAACCUCGCCGGGAGCUUUCUUUCAGCUCUGUUUGCGCGUACUGUCAAACCCGCUGUUUUGACCGUGGACAGAGCCGACGUUACUCUCGGUCGUCUCGUAAAGCGCAAGGAUGCCUGCGCAGGCAGUGUCGCCAGCGCAGACGAGUACAACACGCCCCUCCACGUCGGUGCUCUACUCAUCAUUCUCGCCGUCUCGAGCCUGGCCUGCGCAAUCCCCAUGCUCGCUGCCAAGUUCCCCAUCCUUCGGAUCCCGGAGCCCUUCUUCUUCGGCGUCCGUCACUUCGGCACCGGCGUCCUUCUGGCCACCGCCUUCGUGCACCUGCUGCCGACCGCAUUCAUCUCGCUAGGCAACCCCUGCCUCUCCAAUUUUUGGACCACCGACUACCCGGCCAUGCCGGGAGCCAUUGCCCUUGUCGGCAUCUUUUUCGUGAGCGUCAUCGAGAUGGUUUUUAGCCCGGCGCGGACCUUUCUGCCGCAAGCUGCGCGGGCCGUAUCGUCGCGCGGUGCCGAAGGGCCAGGGGCCGAGGCACAGGCGGUCCGGACAUCCAUGGCAGGCGGCCAUUGCGGUCAUGCGGCCGUUGCGGCAGCCAUAACCCGGCCCUCAGCAACUCGCCGAGCGAGCAUCGAGCCCGCCCCGCUGCGGGAAACGGCUUUCAGGAGGACGCAGGCCAACGCCUCCAAGGAGACACUGGAGAUUGAGUCUCAGGGGGCUGGCCUCACGCCCGAGCAGCUGCACAAGAAGAGCAUUCUCCAGUGCAUGCUUCUGGAAGUGGGCAUCCUAUUCCACAGCGUCUUCAUCGGCAUGGCCCUGAGCGUGGCCAUUGGAGGCGACUUUGUCGUUCUCCUCAUCGCCAUUGCCUUCCAUCAAACAUUUGAAGGCCUCGCCCUCGGCGCCCGCAUCGCCUCCAUCUCCUGGCCGAAGAAGACUCUCCAGCCCUGGCUGAUGGUCCUUGCGUACGGAUGCACAACACCAAUUGGCCAAGCUAUCGGACUGGCGACCCACACCCUCUACAGCCCCGACUCCGAGUUUGGGCUCAUCCUGGUCGGCACCAUGAACGCCGUGUCGUCGGGCCUGCUCGUGUUUGCUGCCCUAAUCGAGCUGCUUGCCGAGGACUUUCUGAGCGACCAGAGCUGGGGCGUUCUAAGGGGCCGGAAGAGGGUGAUUGCGUGCCUGCUGGUGCUGCUUGGCGCUGUUUGUAUGAGCCUUGUUGGCGCCUGGGCUUGACUUAUUCUGGAUUUUGUUGGUUUGAAGCUCUUGGCUCCCCUCUAUUUGAGGGACGUUGGCUGCAGUGUUUUGGAUAUAGAGUCGACGAUAGAGAGGAUCGGCGUGUUAGAUGUUACGAUGAGUUGCAAUGCAAGAACGGGCAGAGCAGAAGCGGUCGGUUGGUUGGGCUUAGAUGGAGCUGCGUGAGAUCAAGACAGAGCAUCUGGUGGAGGUUGAAGAACGGAGUUUCCAGCACCUGCCAAUAUUCGGUUGACCUGCCAUCAAGCGGGUUGCUGCUGUAAGGCAGUGAGAGCCACAUCGAGCUAAGCGCUUCGAUUCAGGGUUUAUACUCUAAUAUAGACCUUAGGGUACGGUGACGGUGGCGCCUGCCGUCGAGGUGCACGUUUGCCCUGCUCUCGCGUG